AUGUUGCAGCAUCAGAGUUUAUGGAGAAGAGAGGAUAAGGGCUUUGUCUCCGCAAAUCAGUUCUUCUCCCUACGACUUCACCUCUCCGAGACUUCGCUCGGUGCCUCAGCUCUCGCUCUCAUCUCUCGCUUUCCAGGUAAUGGAUUGGUCAUAGAUUUUGUGAUUUCUGUUGAUGAAAUGGGAUCUGCAACAGCGGCAUUAAGGCCGGCAAAAAGGGAUACAAUUCGUCAUUCCUGUGGCACCACUUUAUCUCGUGUUCUGCUCAACAUCUUCAUCACCAAACUUGGAAGCUUAAGGAUACAAUACAUCAUGGUGAAUGCCAUCAAAGGAUUGUACAUUUCAUGUGACAUACCUAUGGCGCAAUUCAUCAUCAACAUGAAUGCUGCACUGCCUCAAACAGAUAAGUUCAUCAUACAAGUAUUGGAUAACACUCAUCUUUUUGUGAGGUCAGACAUGGCUGGGAUGAUACGAAGUGCCAUUGCAUCAUUCAGAGAGCAAAAUACCUACGAGAAGCCUUCUUAA